GCGUCAUCGGCCCCCACGGGGAGAUGGGUGCCGAGUACGGCCUACGUACGCCACGUCAGGCGGGCAGCCGCGGCGCCCCUCCGGAGAAGGAAGGGGUGGCGGUGGCGGCGGCGGCGGGGAAAGUCGGGCGUCGGUCGGCUCAAGCUCCGCCAGCAUCCGGACCAGGACCACCGCCACCGCCACAACCCGCAGCAGCAGCAGCCGCAGCCGCUCCGGAGCCUAGGCUUGGAUUGGCACAGGCCCCCGCGACGUGUGUACGAGAGUCCAUGCCGCCAGCAGCAGAGCGGGAUUCUGCGCUGCAAGCAGAAGCAGCAGCUGCGGCAGCGGCGGCGGCGGCGGCCCCACCGGACGCCGCAGCUACAGCGCCAAAACCCGCCAGGCCGCGUUUAAGUGCUGUCGAGCGGCUGGAGUUGAUGCGGCAGCGGAGAGCGCAGGCGGCGGCGGCGGCGGGAGCGACGACGGCGGCAGCGGCGGCGCAGGGCCGCGGUCACCGUGGGGGGUUGCCUUCGGGUCGCGCGGCGCAUCAUGGCAACAGCGGUACAUCUGGAGCAAAGCGGGCCCUAGGUUGUGGCCCCCUCCCCAUCACCUCACCUCCCUCAUGGCUCCAGGCUGAUGGUGCCCCGUUAGGCGCUGCCGCUGUCAAGCGCGGUAGUAGCCCCGCCGUCGACGUCGACGUCAGGCCAGAGGAUCGGGAGGCUGGUGCUGCCGCCGUUACGGCGGGUGCAGCGGCGGCGGCGCAACAAGAGCCGACGUCUGCACCUCCCCAGCGCAACCUUGAGCUACGGCCGGAUGCCGCCGCCGCAACAGCGGUGGCGGCGGCAGCUCAGGCGCCAUUCGGGCCUCCUGCCUCAUCGUCGCAGCCGUCAGAGCUGCCGCCGGUGGCGCAGUUGUUGCUGCCUGAGUCGUUGCUGCCUGAGGGGGGAGAUGAUGGGGACGCUGGCGGCGGCGCCGCCGUAGAGUGCGCACAGGCGGCCGCUAGUAGUGUGGAUGCCGUGGCAGUACCAAUUGCGGCAGCAGAUGUGGCAGUACCAGACGCUGCCGCUAGCAGGCAUCCGCAGUUACCGCCAGCACGACAGCCGCCGCCGCCGCCGCCGCCGCAGCAGCAGCUGCAGAUCAAUGCACCGACUGCGGAGGUGCUCUCCGCGCUGGCGCUGCUGCAAUCGUUGCCGUCGCCGCCGACGCCGCCGACUGCGCCCGGUGCGGCGGUCGUCGCUGCCCGUGUAGUGGCGGCGGCGGCGGCGGAGUCCAAGGAGCUAGUCGCGCCCACCGCAAGCGCGGGUGCUAUCCCCAUGGCCACUGCGUCCGUGGCCGAUGCCACGGACGAAAUGGAGCAUUGUAACACCAUAUCGUAUAACUGUGCCGUGCGUUGUAUCUGCUGCGGCCGCCUCUGCCACGUGAGCUGCUUGACGGCGUACCUGGGGGGCAUGGACCGUGGGCGGCAUCAGCUCGGCCUGGACGAGCUAGCGUCCGUACAGGACCGACAGCAGCAGCUGCUACUGCCUGGCACACCCGCGCCGUGGCUCCUAGCCAAUGACCCCUACGCAGCGGCGAGUGCCGCAGCAGGCACAGGCCCGUCGCGAUCCGCCGCCGCCGCCACCACCACCGCUGCCGCUGCUAAUGGCGGCGGCGGGGAUCCUGGCACACUCCUACUUGCCUGCGUCGGAGGAGCAGCGGGAAAGGCGCCGAGCUGGUCGCAGGUGCAACGGGCAUUGAUGCAGCCGCGCACGGUGGCGAUAUGGCGCCGGACGACGCCGCUACCCGCCACCGCAGCUGCUUCUGUCGUCGGCGGAUGCAUCCCGGAACCCGUACUUGCCGCCGGUUCCAUAUCCUCCGCUGCGGCUGGUGCCGCCGCCGUCGCCGCCGCCGCCGGCGACGAGGAGGUUCAGCUUCCCUUGCCGCAGCCUUCUAACGUCGUCGCAGAGGCGAUUGGCGCAUAUUUUGAGCAUUUGUUGUCGACGCCGCAGGCGCCACUGCCACCGUUGCCGUCGCUGCCUCAGGAGCCGUUGAUGGACUGGCAACAAGCAGAGCAGCCGCCGCCGCCGCCGCCGCCGCAGCAGCAGCAAAUGGAUCAGCAGCAAAUGGAUCAGCAGCAGCACGCGGAGGAGCACACUCAGGCAGCGGGCGAACUGCUGCAGGGAGCGGGGGUCGCGGGGCGCCAGGCAGCGGAGCAGGUGCUGGAAUGGCAGCUUGCGGAUGCAGUACUGCAGCGGCAAGACCAGCCGCUAACGUUGCACGUGCCUCCGUCGCCGCCGGCGCCGCUGCCUCUGCCUCAUACUCAGCAGCAGCAGCAUAAUGGGCAGCAACACAAGCAGCAACAGCAGCUAGAGCUGCAGCAGCCUUCGGAGGUACUGGAGCCGCCCCCACCGUUGCCACUGCAGCAGCAGCAGCACGACCCACAACAACAAUCGGCGGAGCCUCUGCAGCUCCAGGCGCCUGCGCAACUACAGCAGCAGCAGCAGCCGGGGUUACAGGGACUACUGGCGCCAGCGCUACCGCUGCCGCAACAGCCGCAGCAGAAGCAGCACCAAAACGACUUGGCGCUGGGGCAGGAGACACAGCUCUUGGAUCAGCCGCCGCUGCCCCCCUUACCACACUCACCUCUACCGCAGCAGACGGAAGAGGCAUUGAAGCCGCCGCCGCCGCCGUCGCCGUCAUCACUGCCGCCAGGUUCUCAGUGUUGGGCGGUUGGAGGCUCCGGUGCUUGGGCAGUAGCCGUGUUGGGCGGCGGCGCGUCCACUGUGGCGGCUGAGGAGGCUGUCGCGCCUGCCGCCGCUGAAGGGGCCGCUGCUACUGCCUGGGAGGUCAUCGACGAGGUGGCAGCUGACGCAGUUGUAGGGCCCAUCAGGACCGACAUCAAGGUGCAGCGUGGGGCGGCGGCAGCGGCGGGAGCAGCUGUAGCAGCAAUAGCGGCGGUGCAUUCCGGGGCGGCGGCGGCAGCCGAAGCCAGCUGCGGUUCUGGCAGCGGUGCGAUACGGGAGGGUGACGUACAUGUCGCCGCUGACGCAGGCGGUCAACUACUGCCGGGUGUAAUGUACGACGACCAUGUGGCGGAUAUCCCAACUGUGAAUGAUGAUGCCGUACCCGCUGACGCGGCAGCCCUUGACGCCGCCACCGCCGUCGAUCCGGCGGCAGUGAGCACGGUGUACGGCAGGCCAGAUGUUUUGGGCGCUGGCGGCGGUGCACAAGGCACAAUGCCACACGGCCUCGGCGAGUUGGCCUCUGAACUGCCCGUCGUGAGUUGCUCAACCGGCAGCGUUGUGCUUGGGGCCGACGGCGUCUUGACGCCAACAGCAGUGGUUUCGGAGCAAGGGGGCAGCGGCGGCAGCGGCGGCGGGGCAACCCCGCUGGCGACAGCGCUAGCCGUUCCGCCGUACCUGCACUCACUGCAGCUACCGGCAAGCUCAGUCGUACACGGCCGACCUAUCGUGCACGAGGCCGCCACGCCGCGGCGCAGCCACGGCGGCGGCAGUGCUGUCGAAGAGACAGCCACCUCCUUACUGUCCACAAGGCAGCCAACUGCCGUCGCCGCUGCCGUCGUCGCCGCCGCCGUUGAGACUGCGGUGGCGGCGGAAAUCGGGAACCUUUCUGCUGAGUAUGCCGCCAAUGUACCUGGCCUGUCACGGAGCUGCAGAAGUACCGAGGAGCCGAGUCCCCUGGUCAGCCAUGUCACAAGCCAUAACGACGGGCGGGCGGUGGCGGCAGCGUUGGUGCCCGAUUGCGAAGACGCGAACCGAGGGGGUGGUGGCGGCGGCGGCGGCGGUGGUUUCGGAAUUCAUGCCGCUCUGGCGACUGGGACCGAAGCUAGGAUGACGCUGCAGGGCGUCGGCGGCCCCGGCGUCGGCGUCGGCGGCGUCAUGCCCGCCGGCUGCAGCCGCAGCAGCGUUCCGCCUGCCGCGCCCGCGGCCAUGGCUGCUGCCGUCGCGGGCGCUGCCGCCGCGCCGCUGCCAGGUGGGCUCCUUAGUUGCUUGGGGCCCGCUAGUCAGCAACUGCCACCUCAUCUCGCGGCGGCGCUCUUUGCCAGAGCUCGUAGCGGCGACGGCGGUGGGGGCGACGGCGGUGGGGGCGGCGGCGAUGUAGGCGGCGGCGGGGACUUCCGUGUCGGCAUCAACUCCAUGUUGGCGGCACAGCUACCUGCCCCCGCACGCGAGGCCUUGAUUGCGGCGGCAGCGGCGGCGGCGGCGGCAAUUGGACCCGGUGGGGGCGACAGCGGCCUCCUUGGAGCAGAAGCCGCCGGGCCGGCGGUGGCGUUGCCUGUACGGCAAGACGCAGGGCCCUGGCCUAAGGAACAUGGAACCGUCCUAGCUGGGGCCCAGCGGCAACCACCGCAGCGUGCGGAACAACUUUUGGAUCGGGAUGGCGAGGACGAAGAGGAAGACGGCAAGGCGAGGGGGGCCGCCGGCGGCGGCGGCGGUGGCGGCGGGGCCGUUCGAGACCGCCGCGGCAGGGAGGGCUAUGAGCGACGAUCGCCGCAACGUACCCUCCGUCCUCCACUUGACGUCGUACGGCAGCCGUACGACUCCCAUGAUACUCACGUGCCCUGGCGGGGGGCCGGCAACACUGGCGGCGGCGGCGGCGGCGCCGAUUGGGGCCCAUGGCACUGGGACCGCGGUGUCGACGGCUGGAAGGGCGGCGCUGGCUUCCGUGGCCGCGGCCGCGGUCGCGGAAGCGACGGCGGCGGUGGCGGCGGCAAGCGGUUUGAUGGUCGCGGAGCGCCUUGGGUCGACCGCGGUGAAUUUGGCGGCUACCACGCCAAGGCGCGCGUGGAGGGCCGGGGCAGGCGGUUUGACGACUACCACGCACACGACGCGCAUGAUGACGGCGGCGGCGGGCACCGGCGGCCCAACGACUUCCCCUCACACCACGUCGACUCGCACCAACAAAGGCCAGGCGCUCGCGGAUAUGACGUGCCGUACCACAGCGGCGGUAAUGGCAGCGAGCGGCCGUGCCGUGGCGGGCAGCCGUUGUUGCGGUCGGAGGAGCACAGGGAGGAUGAGCGUGACGGCGGCGGCAGCAACGGCCGUACCGGGCCUCCUGAUGGCCUCGAAGCGACGGAACGUCCUUGGCAGCUGCCAGCGGGACUUCCGAAGCGUGUUGGCUGGCCGGCGGAGGACUGGGAGCAGGCAGAGGUAUUGACGCGGCGUCGGCACGAUCAGCUGCGUCAUGGUACUCGGCGACCUAUCAUCGGACAGACGCCGCCGCAACCGCCGCCGCAACCGGCGCCGCUGCAAGCGGCUGAUGCGGUCGCAUGGGAGAAAGAAAAGCCGAAGCCCGGGUCACAAGAUCACGAAACGGAUGCCGGUGCGCGCUACGACGCCGUCAUGCGGCAGACACACGAGCCGGCCGGCGGUUGGGGCGUCCGAGACGUCAGGAUUAGGAACUCGCAUUCGGAUUGGCGGCAGCCGGCGGCGGCGGCGGCGGCGGCGGCGGCGCCAGCCGGUGAUCGCGGCCGUGCCGCCGCUGCACGAUGCCAUCAUCAACCCGGCUGGCCGCCGCAACCUCCGCAUCCUCGGCCUUCCACACGGACUCCUGGACCGGACGAGGUGGCUGGCGGUUUGACGGACGGCGAGCGGCCACGGAAGCGAGCUCGCGGGCCACCCACGGCAGGCGUCGUGGAAGCCGGCGGCAGCGGCGGCGGCGGCGGCGGCGCGACGGACACAAGCUCAGUCUCCGAUAAUAGCUGCUAUUCUAGGAUUGCCUGUAGUGCAGAUGGCGUGAACGUCAAUCCGUCGAGCUACCUUGCACCUCAGGUGAAGGUGCCGAACUACCACGUGAACGACAUUUGGAAGGCGCAUACGCACUUGCCGAAUUACCCGGAAAUCGAGGCCGCUGCUAGGGACACUUUCGUCGCCCUCCCGUCGAGCUAUGACACAAAAUACCGGAACCCCUGUUGCCGACUCGCACAGUACACCCCUCUCCCUAUCGGCUACAGGACACAAGAUGGCACGUCAACACCACCACCAACAGCACCACCACCAACAGCACCACCACCAACAGCACCACCACCAACAGCACCACCACCAACAGCACCACCACCAUCACCACCACCAACAUCACCAUCACCACCACCACUGCCAGGCACUACAACACCACUACACCCCGGAGCAGUUGGCGUUGCGGAGCCACAUCGAGGUGCACGUGUUGGGCGCGUCCGCAUUCGAGGUUCCGGCGGACCUCAUUUGGGAGGAGAUCAUCAAUCUGAUGCCGGGACCCCGGGAGACAAAACAGCAGCCAGCGGCGGCGGCGGCGGCGGCAGCAGCGCCAGCAGCAGCAGCAGCAGCAGAAUCGGGAACUGAGACGGGAAGGAUAGCGAACGGGGAAGGCAGUGCCGGCGGCGGC